ACAAGCUUUACUUCGAUCGGGAACAAGAAGAAGAAGUAGAACAAAAGUGGGAAAUCGCUCUCGCUGCAAAUUUGUGUUCCUUCGUGAAAUAAAAUUCCGAUGGCAACAGCUAUGGUGGAAGAUUCGAGCUUCGAAGACGACCAGCUCGCUUCCAUGACAACCGAAGAAAUCGUCCGAGCCUCUCGUCUUCUCGAUAACGAGAUCCGCAUCCUCAAGGAGGAGUUGCAAAGAACAAAUUUGGAUUGGGAUUCGUACAAGGAGAAGAUAAAGGAGAAUCAAGAGAAGAUUAAGCUUAAUAAGCAGUUGCCCUACUUGGUCGGCAACAUUGUUGAGAUUUUGGAAAUGAACCCAGAGGACGAGGCUGAGGAAGAUGGUGCGAAUAUUGAUCUCGACUCACAAAGGAAGGGAAAAUGUGUUGUGCUGAAAACAUCUACUCGUCAGACUAUCUUUCUUCCUGUUGUUGGUCUUGUUGACCCUGAUAAAUUAAAGCCUGGUGAUUUGGUCGGGGUGAACAAAGAUAGUUACUUGAUCUUGGAUACACUGCCAUCCGAGUAUGAUUCUCGAGUAAAGGCUAUGGAGGUUGAUGAAAAACCUACUGAAGACUACAAUGACAUUGGAGGGCUAGAGAAACAGAUCCAAGAAUUGGUUGAGGCCAUUGUUUUGCCCAUGACACACAAAGAGCGAUUUCAGAAAUUAGGAAUUCGUCCACCUAAGGGAGUGCUCUUGUAUGGACCUCCUGGAACUGGGAAGACUUUAAUGGCCCGUGCUUGUGCAGCACAAACAAAUGCCACUUUUCUUAAGUUGGCAGGCCCACAACUAGUCCAGAUGUUCAUUGGGGAUGGAGCAAAACUUGUUCGUGAUGCCUUUCAGCUAGCAAAAGAGAAGUCUCCCUGCAUCAUUUUCAUAGAUGAAAUUGAUGCCAUUGGCACAAAACGGUUUGAUAGUGAAGUGAGUGGAGAUAGGGAGGUGCAGCGGACUAUGUUAGAAUUGCUCAAUCAGCUCGAUGGCUUUAGUAGCGAUGACCGGAUUAAGGUGAUAGCAGCAACAAAUCGUGCUGACAUCUUGGAUCCUGCCCUUAUGCGUUCUGGUAGAUUAGAUCGUAAAAUUGAGUUCCCACAUCCCAGUGAAGAAGCAAGAGCUCGUAUCUUGCAGAUCCACUCGAGGAAGAUGAAUGUUCAUCCAGAUGUAAACUUUGAAGAACUGGCUCGGUCUACUGACGAUUUCAACGGGGCACAACUAAAAGCUGUCUGUGUGGAGGCUGGCAUGCUAGCCCUUCGUCGUGAUGCAACUGAGGUGAACCAUGAAGACUUCAAUGAAGGUAUCAUUCAGGUUCAGGCGAAGAAGAAAGCAAGCUUGAAUUACUAUGCAUAGACUGGAAAGUGGGAGGAUUCGGUUCAUCAAGUUCAUCACAAGUUUAUAUCAUGCACAUUCCAUACUUCUGGAGUAGUAGAUUAUUCAAGAUCAGGACAAGACGAAAACGAUGAAGACUUCAAUGAAGGUAUCAUUCAGGUUCAGGCGAAGAAGAAAGCAAGCUUGAAUUACUAUGCAUAAACUAGAAUAUAUGGUUCAUCAAGUUCAUCUCAAGUUUAUAUCAUGCACAUUCCGGUCUUCUGGAGUAGUAGUUUAUUCAAGAUCAGGACAAAGACUAGACGAAAAGCAAAGCUACGAGUUAGAAACUUGUUCAGAGGAGUUGAAACCUUUCAUUGCAUUAUGCAAUUUGGUUACAUUUUAUCUUUUUAUAAGACUACUGCGCCAUGUCUUUAGCAGUAGAUCAUAAUUUAUAAAUGUAGUCAAACUGUGUUUCCUUACAGUUUCUUACAUAUCGUUGACAUGUCGAAGGGUUGGUCCAGUGUGACGUUCUCCAAUGGAUUGUAGAUAUUCUUCCAUUUUUGUUUUUCUUGAAGAAAUUUAUUCUUCUUCCUCUUCA